AUGGCUCCUCUCGACUACAGCAACUACCUCUCGGACAAGGGCAAGAUGGCCUUGCCCGACGGGAUUCGAGGACUGUUUCCCUUGGAGAAGCACUGUAAAGUCUCUUUCCUCGCAGGCAAGCCCAACCCGGAGACGUUCCCCUUUUCCUCGAUGACCCUACACCUCAAACCUCCUCUGGAGACUCCCGUCUCGCUUCAAAACGGAUCUUCGAGCCAGGAAGUCGAUGUAAACGGGGAUAAGCGGGCGGAUGGGGGUGUGGAUUUGGAGAUCGAAGGAGCGGAUAUGGAGGAGGCUCUGCAGUACCAGACCGCUCAGCUGAAGCGAGAACUGGACAACCAAGCCACAGGCGAAGUCACUAGGGAGGAAGUCAACGCCCUUCGGGGGGACGUCAACGCUCAGGGGGUGCAGGAAGUCCCCUGGCGAGUGACCGUCGGAGGAGGGUGUCAGGACCUCUUGUUCAAAGCUUUCGGAGCCAUCUUCAACCCGGGGGACUCGAUCUUGGUGGAAACCCCCGUGUAUGCGGGUGUCAUCUCCCAGUUCAUGACCCUCCAUGUCAACCAGAUCGAAGUCCAGGUGGACGAUCAGGGGGUCUCUCCGGAUUCCUUGCGUCAAGUCCUCGGCUCUUGGCCGGCCGACAAGCCCAAACCCAAGGCGAUCUACCUCGUCCCCGUCGGAUCCAACCCGACGGGAUGUUCAUCCACGACGGAGAGGAAAUUGGAAGUCUUGAAGAUCUGCGUGGAAAACGGGAUCAUGAUCAUCGAGGACGACCCUUACUACUUUUUGGCGGCGGAUAGACGUCCGUCGUAUUUCCAGUUGGAGACGCAGGUAGUCCCUGAGGGUGGGCAUGUGAUCAGGUUCGAUAGUUUCUCCAAGGUGUUGAGUUCGGGGAUGAGGCUGGGCUUCGCAGCUGGACCGGAAGCCAUCUUGAAGGCCAUGGAUGUGGCUUCCUCGACGGCCAACUUGCAGCCCAAUGGUGUCGCCCAAGCCGUCGCUCUUCGUCUUUUGCGUUACUGGGGUAUUCAAGGUUUCAUCGAUCACUGUGAGAGGGUCGCAGCUUUCUAUGCCAAGAGGAGGGACAAGUUCGAGGCGAUUGCGAGGAAACACCUGGAUGGGAUCGCCACCUGGGUCUCGCCCGUCGCCGGAAUGUUCUUGUGGAUCGACGUCUCCCCCAUCGACGACUCGUCCGACCUCGUCCAAAAAGAAGCCCGCGAGCUCGGAGUCCUCGCCGUGCCCGGUUUCGCCUUUCUGCCGAAUCACGGAAAGAGCUCGUUCUUGCGUGUCAGCUUUUCCAUUGUCGACAUGGACAACAAGGCCGAGCUGGGUUUCGAGCUCUUGAGCCAGGCGAUUAGGCAGAGGUUGGAGAGAUUGAGAGCGGAGGGUAAGAUCCAGUAA